CACACCAUGCUCAAGCGCUGCGGCCGCCGCCUGCUGCUGGCCCUGGCGGGCGCGCUGCUAGCCUGCCUGCUGGUGCUCACCGCUGACCCGCCGCCGCCGCCGCCGCCAGCCGAGCGCGGUCGCCGCGCGCUGCGCAGUCUAGCGGGCCCCGCGGGGGCGGCCCCGGCGUCCGGGCUGGAAACAGCCUCGCCCAGUGAGGUGCACAGUCUGUCCGAGUACUUCAGCCGGCUGGCGCGCGCGCGCAGGGACGCAAGCCCACCGCCCGGGGGCGCCCCCUGGCCCUCUGACAGCACCCCACGGCCCCCAGCCGAACAGCUCGGGCCCCGCGACGUUUUCAUUGCGGUCAAGACCACCAAAAAGUUCCACCGCGCGCGCCUCGACCUACUGCUGGAGACCUGGAUCUCGCGCCACAAGGAGAUGACCUUCAUCUUUACGGACGGUGAGGACAAAGUCCUGGCCAGACACACAGGCAACGUGGUCAACACCAACUGCUCAGCAGCCCACAGUCGUCAGGCGCUGUCCUGCAAGAUGGCCGUGGAGUAUGACCACUUCAUCGAGUCCGGGAGGAAGUGGUUCUGCCACGUGGACGACGACAACUACGUGAACGUGCGGGCUCUACUGCGGCUCCUGGCCAGCUACCCCCACACGCAGGAUGUCUACCUGGGCAAGCCCAGCCUGGACCGGCCCAUCCAGGCCACGGAGAGGGUCGGCGAGGGUGAAGUGCGUCCCGUCCACUUCUGGUUUGCCACUGGAGGGGCAGGUUUCUGCAUCAGCCGAGGGCUGGCCUUGAAGAUGAGCCCGUGGGCCAGUGGCGGUCACUUCCUGAACACAGCAGAGCGCAUUCGUCUGCCGGACGACUGCACCAUCGGCUACAUUGUGGAGGCCCUGCUCGGCGUGCCCCUGACCCGCAGCGGCCUCUUCCACUCCCACUUGGAGAACCUGCAACAGGUACCCGCCUCUGAGCUCCAUGAGCAGGUGACUCUGAGCUAUGGCACGUUUGAGAACAAGAGGAAUGCCAUCCACAUGAAGGGGGCCUUCUCGGUGGAGGCGGACCCCUCCAGGUGUGGAAACUGA